GCGCCCGCUCGCCCCGCGCGGAUCUACUUGCCGGGAAGGCGGCGCCGGUGGCGGCUGCUCUGCCUGCGCCCGCUCCCGAGCGCUGCUUUCCCGUCGCGGGUGGGCUUCGCAGCCCCAGGCCAGCCGCGGCCCUUGGCCCGCGGCAGCCCCGGCCCUCCACCUUCCCUUUGCAGGGGCGGCCCGGCCAGUGUCGCUCAUCCCGGGACGCUCCCUUCUCCCACCCAGGACUGCCCCGCGGAGCUGGCUUGGACACCUAACUUUGCCACCUCGAGGGUCGUCUCUGCUGGGCGCGAACCUGCCCACCCACCGGUUGGCCGCGCGCUCGGGGACCGUGCUCGUGGCCCCCAAGCCGGUGCCCCCAUUCUGGAACUCAGCGAGUAGGGGGCGGCUCUGGGGAAGUGGCAGGGGGCGGCUGCAGCUGCUGCCUCCACUUCCCUAGCCAGGUGCUGAAGAGGAUCCUCGGAGCCGUUCUGGCCCUCAGGCGCUGGAUGACUGGCACCAGCGCUCCCCGCACCUGUGUUGGUGUGUGAGACUUGGGCUGGAGGGCCCACGUGGCUGUGGAGUCAGUGUGAUUCAUGAUUGAGGAAACGCGUCCUCCAUCCUCUCCUUGGCACUUUCCACACAUGAGGAGAAGAAGAGCUUCUGUUUAGAAGACACGUGCCCAGAGUCAGAGGCCCCUUGCCCACCAUGAAGGGAACCUGUGUUAUAGCAUGGCUGUUCUCAAGCCUGGGGCUGUGGAGACUCGUCCACCCAGAGGCCCAGGGUACGACUCAGUGCCAGAGAGCCGAGCAUCCAGUCAUCUCCUAUAAAGAAAUUGGCCCCUGGUUACGGGAGUUCAGAGCGAAGAAUGCUGUGGAUUUCUCGCAGUUAACAUUUGACCCAGGACAGAAAGAACUUGUUGUAGGAGCAAGAAACUACCUCUUCAGGUUACAGCUUGAGGAUCUGUCUCUUAUCCAGGCUGUGGAAUGGGAGUGUGAUGAAGCUACCAAAAAGGCCUGUUACAGCAAAGGCAAAUCAAAGGAGGAAUGUCAGAACUACAUCCGGGUGCUUCUGGUGGGUGGCGACCGGUUAUUCACCUGUGGGACCAAUGCAUUCACACCUGUCUGCACCAACCGCUCGUUGAGCAACCUGACUGAGAUCCAUGAUCAGAUCAGUGGCAUGGCCCGCUGUCCCUACAGUCCCCAGCACAAUUCCACAGCGCUCCUCACAGCUGGCGGGGAGCUCUACGCUGCUACAGCCAUGGAUUUUCCAGGACGUGAUCCUGCCAUUUACCGAAGCCUGGGCAUUUUACCUCCUCUCCGCACAGCGCAGUACAACUCCAAAUGGCUCAAUGAGCCAAACUUUGUGUCAUCUUAUGACAUCGGAAAUUUUACCUACUUCUUUUUCCGAGAAAAUGCAGUAGAGCAUGACUGUGGGAAAACAGUGUUCUCCAGAGCUGCCCGGGUGUGCAAGAAUGAUAUUGGUGGGCGCUUCCUGCUGGAAGACACCUGGACCACAUUCAUGAAGGCUCGCCUGAACUGCUCCCGUCCUGGGGAAGUCCCCUUUUACUACAACGAAUUGCAGAGUACUUUCUUCCUGCCUGAGCUGGAUUUGAUCUAUGGCAUCUUUACCACCAAUGUGAACAGCAUUGCGGCCUCAGCUGUGUGCGUCUUCAACCUGAGCGCCAUUGCGCAGGCCUUCUCCGGGCCCUUCAAGUACCAAGAGAACUCGCGCUCGGCCUGGCUACCGUAUCCCAACCCAAACCCCCACUUCCAGUGUGGCACCGUGGACCAGGGCCUGUACGUGAACCUGACCGAGAGAAAUCUGCAGGAUGCUCAGAAGUUCAUUCUGAUGCAUGAAGUGGUACAGCCAGUGACCACAGUGCCCUCCUUCAUGGAGGACAAUAGCCGCUUUUCCCACGUGGCGGUCGACGUGGUGCAGGGCAGAGAAGCGCUCGUCCACAUCAUCUAUUUGGCCACAGAUUACGGAACCAUCAAGAAAGUGCGGGUACCCCUGAAUCAGACCUCAAGCAGCUGUUUGCUGGAAGAGAUUGAGCUCUUCCCUGAGAGGCAGAGGGAGCCCAUCAGGAGCCUGCAGAUCCUGCACAGCCAGAGUGUCCUGUUCGUAGGCCUGCGGGAGCACGUGGUCAAGAUCCCCCUGAAGAGGUGCCAGUUCUACCGCACACGCAGCACCUGCAUUGGGGCCCAGGACCCUUACUGUGGCUGGGACGUGGUAAUGAAGAAAUGCACAAGCCUGGAGGAGAGCCUGAGCAUGACGCAGUGGGAACAGAGCAUCUCUGCGUGUCCGACCAGGAAUCUCACCGUGGAUGGACACUUUGGUGUGUGGUCUCCAUGGACGCCUUGCACGCACACAGAUGGCAGCGCCGUGGGAUCCUGCCUCUGUCGAACCCGCUCCUGCGACAGCCCGGCCCCGCAGUGUGGUGGCUGGCAGUGCGAGGGCCCUGGCAUGGAGAUCGCCAACUGUUCCAGGAACGGAGGCUGGACUCCCUGGACCUCGUGGUCUCCCUGCAGCACUACCUGUGGGAUCGGCUUCCAGGUGCGGCAGCGCUCCUGCAGCAACCCCACUCCCAGGCACGGGGGCCGGGUGUGCGUGGGACAGAACCGCGAGGAAAGAUACUGCAAUGAACAUUUGCUAUGUCCCCCACACAUGUUCUGGACAGGCUGGGGUCCUUGGGAACGGUGCACAGCCCAAUGCGGGGGUGGCAUUCAAGCUCGCCGCAGGAUCUGUGAGAAUGGGCCUGACUGUGCAGGCUGCAAUGUGGAGUACCAGUCUUGCAACACCAACCCAUGUCCUGAGCUGAAGAAGACCACGCCCUGGACACCCUGGACGCCUGUCAACAUCUCUGACAAUGGCGGCCACUAUGAGCAGCGAUUCCGAUACACGUGCAAAGCCCGCCUGGCUGAUCCGAAUUUGCUGGAAGUGGGAAGACAGAGAAUCGAAAUGCGGUACUGUUCUAGCGACGGCACCAGUGGCUGCUCCACAGAUGGGCUUUCUGGGGAUUUCCUGCGUGCUGGGAGAUACUCUGCCCACACGGUCAACGGGGCUUGGUCAGCCUGGACGUCGUGGUCACAGUGCAGCCGUGACUGCAGCAGGGGCAUUCGGAACCGGAAGCGUGUUUGCAACAACCCCGAACCCAAGUAUGGGGGAAUGCCUUGCCUUGGCCCAUCUCUGGAAUACCAGGAAUGCAACAUUUUGCCCUGCCCAGUGGAUGGCGUGUGGUCUUGCUGGUCCCCCUGGACAAAAUGUUCAGCAACAUGCGGCGGUGGACACUAUAUGAGGACCCGCUCUUGCUCCAAUCCAGCCCCGGCCUAUGGAGGGGACAUCUGCCUGGGGCUGCACACAGAAGAGGCACUCUGCAACACGCAGCCCUGCCCAGAGAGCUGGUCAGAGUGGUCGGACUGGUCUGAGUGUGAAGCCUCUGGCGUCCAAGUCCGCGCCCGCCAGUGCAUCCUCCUGUUCCCCAUGGGCAGCCAGUGCUCCGGGAACACCACGGAGAGCCGGCCGUGUGUGUUUGACUCUAAUUUCAUCCCAGAAGUAUCUGUGGCAAGAUCCAGUAGCGUAGAAGAGAAAAGGUGUGGAGAGUUCAACAUGUUCCACAUGAUCGCCGUGGGGCUGAGCAGCUCCAUCCUCGGCUGCCUCCUCACCCUGCUCGUCUAUACGUACUGCCAGCGGUACCAGCAGCAAUCCCAUGAUGCAACUGUCAUCCACCCCGUCUCACCUGCGCCCCUUAAUACCAGCAUAACCAACCACAUCAACAAACUGGACAAGUACGACUCGGUGGAGGCCAUCAAGGCAUUUAACAAAAACAACUUGAUCCUAGAGGAAAGAAACAAAUACUUCAACCCACAUCUCACUGGGAAGACCUAUUCUAAUGCCUACUUUACAGAUCUCAAUAAUUAUGAUGAGUACUAACAGCUUUUAUGUUUUUGGCUUCUUGUAAAUCCCCAGUUCCUCAAGGCCUGUGCCCCAUGACUGCCCAUGUUUCUGAGGCUUCAGAGUCGAAGUUUGGAUACAUUUCAAGUGCAUUUCAAGCCACCAGAGUGUCCCAUUGCUGCCAAAAAUACACGUCUUUAAAAGCAACAAAAAUUGAAAUAAGACAUCGUGAAAAUCUUGACCAUUGUUGAAUGAGCCAGGGUGUGAAGUUUUUAAUUGUGUUCAUCCUAUUUUUCUGACAAGUCCAUUGGUUUGUUUUUUGAGCAUUAUUUUAUAAAUGUGCCACCCACAUUGGAAGGAGUCUUUAGAAAUAUGAAUCUCUUCUUACUUUGGAGUGUAAAUCUUCAUGAUGUUGUAAUUCAAGAAAAUAGGCACUUUCUCUGAAAGACCUGCUCCUUCCACAAGAAGUGCAUAGGUCCAUAAUAUUUCAUAAAAUGAAGAAAAAGAAUGUGGCCAAACAAUUAUUCACCAUGGAUUGCCCAACUUUCCAAAUCUGGAUAAAGCUAUGGGAUUCUUGGAAGCAGCUUGAGUGUUUUCAUCUUGCCUGGGAAGCCCAGGAAUUCCACCUGGUCCACACCGGCAGAAGUUACAGUAGACUGUGAGGCACCCCACCUUGCUCCUGAUGCAGUUUCUGUGCCAUUGCUGGUGCUGGUGGAGGCAGCGGAGCAGAGGCUCAGGCACAAUGAAGCGUGGAUGUGUUCUGCAGGUUGCUGCAAAACUCACCUUAUUCUGACUUUUGGAUUUCAUGGCAUUCCAGGAAGCUCCUUGCCAUGCUGUUGGCCUGGAAGUCCACCUGUCUGGUCCAUAGUGACGUCCUGAAGAGCCAGUCUGUAAAGUAACCAACCACUUACUUAGCGUUUGGAUAGACUCCAUGCCUCCUCUCUCCCUGCAAAGAAAAAUCUUGAACAUUUAUGAUGUCAAUUAGUGAAAGUAUUGAAAAUACUAAAUUAUAACUAAAAGCAACUUUUUAUGUUAUAGAAAAUAUUGAAAGAACUGAUAUUAAUGAUAAUCAUUUUAUUUUUCAUCUCUUUGAUAUACCCAAUGUGUGGCAAUCAGCCCCUACCAAGAGCAUUAAUGCCAUGUAAAGCUGGCUUUCUGGAGUCUGCCAGGUCCACACGAAGUGCUACCCCCAGUUUCUGCUGUUACUUGCUGCCUCCAGGCCAGGGGAGCAGGAGAUGCUCAGCUCUGGUGCCUUUUCUUUUAUUUCAGUGCUGCCUUCCCACCCCCCCAGUCCAUUCACCCUCACCUCUCCCUGCAUGGAGGCAACAGCAUUUCAAGAUGUACCUUGGGAAGUCAGGAUAGCUGGAAGUAAGGGUUUUUGGGAUCCUGUGGUCUCUUCACUGAUCAUCGAUAAGCAUUUAAGAGUGUGCUAACACCAUUCACAGAGGUCCCUGGAAAAAAAUAUAUAAUUUUCUCACAAACAACUGAUACAUAACAUAUGGCAGUUGGUUGAAUAAUUAUUGAAAAAAAAGAACACGACUGAAAAAGUUCAUCUGAUGCCUCUGAGCAUGUGAUAAAGUCCUGGGUAGACAUGGAAACGUGUUCUUACAAAUGAACCUUCGGAUCUAUGAAAAAAAAUAUAGUAGGCGGACUAAGGAACAUAGAAUUUUAUUAGCAUAUGUGCUUUUACCCUUACCUUUGUUUCUAAUUUAAAGAAACAAUUUCAGAAAGUGUUAGAAGAAUUCUAUGUUUAAUAAUGAAUAUUGUUGAGUUCAAAAUAUUCUCAUAUACCCAGAUUUACAGAGAUGACACAGUAUUGAAAUGGCAGGUGGGAUCUGUAAGUUAUUUUGGAUUGCAAGUAAAUGACAUUCAGGGUCUUUGCAGUGGGGACUUCAUGUUGCCUCUCACUCAUUCCUCAUACGUCAGAGUCUUCUGUCUAUAUGCACAUGCUCAAAGUCCAUACUCAGUAGGGGAAAUCUAGCCAGAUGGUUCUCUAAUUGUUCCUCGGCUGGAUUUUCAUCAUCAGAUAUUUCAACUCAUCUCAUCAGUUUCUUGUAAGAAAAAAACAUUUUCACUUUGUAGCACAUUUUGGUUAUUUUUGAGUCUUCUUCCCUAAUAGUUUGUAAGCUUAAAGGGACAUUUUAUUUUCCCUGGUAAAGAGGAUUCUAAUAUUUCAAGAAUGUUUCACUGGAAUUGAUGGGAAAUGGUUUCUAAAUGGCAUCGAAGCUGGUCUUUAAUGAGUCUUUUGCAAUGACUUGGGAAAAACACCCUCCCUCACUACAGGAUCUUCAUGUUGUUAAUAAUAUAAACCUUUGAAAUUAGCAUUGCAAAAGAAUCCCAUUUUUGUUUCGUACCACACUGUUCAAAGGAAAAUUGUUUAUCUCUCUUCCUUUCUCUCUCUCUCUCUUAUUUGACAGAAUAGCAAGUGUUUAGAUAAUUUCAGGUAUAUUCUAAGUAUUUUACCAGCUGUGGAAUAAGUUGUAUUUGUCCAUCACUGUGUAGCUACCGUUCACAUGUUCUGGCUCUGUACUCCACGCUUAUCGCGUGAACCCUCACAUGUUGGACUUUCACAGUGUGAUCUCUCACCUGUCUUGGAAACUCCUUCAUAAAGCCGCUCUUCCUUAGGCCUGGGCUGUUUGGAAGUCCUGGUGAAACUUUGUGGUUCACAUUUUAAAUUCCUGAAUGACCUUUUCAUUCUCUCUUUAUCUUUGUUUUUGUCCUUCAUUCCCUCCUUUUGUUCUUCCUUCCUGCCUUCUUUUCUUCUUUCCUUUCUUCUUUAAUUCUUCCUUCCUUCCUAUUUUCUUGGUACAAGUGGAACAAAAAGCAACACAUAGUUUUAAGCUACACCUGUCUGCACCUGAUGUAAAAUGACAUUAAUCACUAUUUAACUUCUAAAAUUAUUUCUGAAUACAGUUGGAGAUUGGCUGGUUUUCAUGAGGAAGCUGGCUUUAGUCUUACAUUUAAAUUCUUUGAAAGUGGCUCCCAGUGCUAUUCAGGGUCCUUUCUUGAGGCCAGACUCAUCACCAUCUACUAUUGAUUUUACAGUGCACUGACAGUUUACAGGAAGGAGAAGAACAGUUUCUGCACACUACACAACAUAUGGGCUUCCUGUAGCUCCAGGGACAUGUGGCUUUGGUGAAACUGGGGUUUUGUAACCUCUGAAUGAUAUGGACUUAGUGAAUUCUAAGGAACUCAGGGGGCACGUGGUCAGGCUCCGCCGCACAGAAAAGCCACAGUCUCCAGACUCAUGGCGUUCCCUCCAGAACUCCCCAUUCCCCUCUGAGCAUAUUUCUAUGCUGCUGCUUCUUGUGACUUACAUGAGGCAUCUCAGCUUCUUCAUGUUUGUAGGGAUGUUUCCCUAAGCCUGUUCAAGUAGGCUCUCACUAGAGUUACCAUUCAUAUUUGAGAAGAAAAGAACAUUUAAUAAAUGUAUGCGUUUGUGUGGGGCCGAGGUUCUAAAGGAACUGAAAAGAGACGAUAAACAUUGAAUGAGGGUGAGGGCAUCCCUGCUGGGGAGAAACCUCUGUCCCUAGGAAGAGUCCGUUCAUGUUCAUGUGGUUUGGGAUGAACCAGGGGUCUGGCCCCAUCGGGUCACAGGUGAUGGCAAAUAGAAAAGAAGCAAAUGGAGGAAACAGUCAGAUAAGUAGGUGAUGUGAAAGGCAGGACCUGGUCACCCCAGCAAGUGCUAUGGACAGUUCCCGGAAACGGUUGCCCACUUCACAGGUCCAUGGGUCUGACCCUUGGACUCUGCCAGGAUCAACUGCCCAGAGUGCCAGAGUUUUAGCCAAGGGUGUACUUACUUCCUUAUUUAUCUGCAAAAGGAUGGAAACUGUGGGAGUCAAAGCCUAUUUUGCUCAGUGUUCCCACUGGAGUCUCUGGUAGAAUUAGCGGGUCAUGCUGUCAAAAUCAUGGACAAAGGCUGGGUGCAGUGGCUCAUGCCUAUAAUCCCAGCACUUUGGGAGGCCAAGGUGGGCGGAUCACCUGAGCUCAGGAGUUUGAGACCAGCCUGGACAACAUGGGGAAACUCCAUCUCUACAAAAUAUUAGCCAGCCAUCGUGGUGCGCGCCUGUGGUCCCAGUUUCUUGGUUGGCUGAGGCGGGAGUAUCAUUUGAGCCCUGGAGGUUGAGGUUGCAGUGAGCUGAGAGCACAUCACUGCACUCCACCCUGGGUGACAGAGAGAGACCCUGUCUCAAAAAAAAAAAAAAAAAAAAAAUGAACAAAGUCUUAGCAGGGAGUCUCCAUUGUCCCCAAGUGGCUCUCUAAGGGGGUCCAUUAGCAUAUAAUUGAAUAUCAAAGGGAAUUUUACCUUAAACGUAUAUCAAGUCUAUACUCAGCUAAUCGUUUUGUCUAAACACAGCCUUGUUAGCAUUUGAAUUUACAAAUAUUCAUUUGCUUAUUUGCAGUGUUCCUUUUGCUUUUAGAAUAAAUCAUAAAUAUUUCCCCAAUACUGUCAAGAUACUUCUUCAUCAACUUUGUCCCUGAACCAUCAGCUUUCUUUAGGGUCCAGGUAUCCUUUACACUUCAAUGGGGUUUUCUUGUGUGUGUCAUUGGGGGUAACUCCAUUGACCUCAGCAUUUCUAUCUCAAGAGAUGGCUCUGGAACACAGAAGCAGAGGCAACAGGUACUAAUGGUUGAUAAAAUUAACAGCGACUGCAUGACCAUUUUCCACAUGGCAGGGCUGUGCUUAAGCCCCACACCUCCAAUAAUCAAUUUCUAUGAAGGUACUAAUAAUCUUAACUAUAUGCAAAUUCUUCACCACUUAUGAUAUGGUACAAACUGGAGUUUACAGAUGGCCUUGGCCUUGCCUAGCCCAUUUGUUCAUCUUAACUUCUUCAUCACUUCCUGAUGCACUUGGGGAAGCAUGUUGACACAACGUUACCAAUAUUUGAUUACCUAUGGUUAUCUGCAAUUACCUACGCUUAUCUUAUCAGACACUAGAUGCCAUUUGAGCCCCUUCUUUGGGCAGUGGGUGAAAUGGGAGAACAUAGAGAAAUGUUCACUUUGACCUAAGAAACGCAUAAAAGGGAAUGCCAUGCACAAUGUAAGAUAAAAUGUUUGGGGACAGGGGAUCAUCGUGAAAUUUAUUUCUGCUAUUCUGCCCUAUUGAGGUCAUUAAUUAUAAUGGAUUUAAAGAUUUUUUUUUAAACUCUACAAACACUGAGCCAAGGAAUUCAGGUUAUCUGCUUUGUUAACCUAAUAAAGCAAAGGAAAAUAUGUUGCUUUAAUCCUUGCUUGUUAACCUAAUAAAGCAAAGGAAAAUAUGUUGCUUUAAUCCUUGCUUGUUAACCUAAUAAAGCAAAGGAAAAUAUGUUGCUUUAAUCCUUGCUUCUUUUCUCUUUUGGUAAUAGAAAAGGUAAAUAAGAUGUAAUGUGGAACUGCUGGUGAUGAUUUCUAAAACGACUCUUUCAUACUCCUUUCCUAUGGACUUAUAUUAAAGAUGCAUUGUACACAUUGUUUUAGCAGAUAGAUCAAAGAUAUACUCAGUGGUCAUCUGUUGCAUUAUCAGAAAUUUGAUACAUGUUACAGAAGCAUGAGGAAGGAAAUCCUAUCCUCUUUUGAAAAUAGAGUUCACAUUGCAAGUGACAUAGGGCAUUAUCAAAACCAAUUCAGAGCCUGGCACAAAAUGUAUACUUCCUAGUGAAAGCUGUCUCAAAACACAGCCUUUUUGAUGGAUCAUAUUAGAUCAUAUCUGCCAUAGAAAGGCAAUCAAGUUUACUCCCUGCAAUCGGAGUCAAUAUCAAUUCUUGCUCAAGCAAACAUGUUUUACUGUGUUGGCGCAAUGGCAGGAACUAGUCAAGGGCACUUUCAGAUCUGGAAAGAGGAAAGAGGAGGUAGAAAAUCACUCUUUUGUGUUUCUUAAACUGUCAAUCAAGCAAGAAAAUUUAUUCCACCCCUUCAUAUUUGCUCUAAAAUCUGGGGCCAGUAGUUCAAAUGUGAUCUUGUUCUUUCUCAGCCUUUUGGCAAUUUAAUGCCAAAUAGUCCAAAUGUUAGAUGAAUGGCAGUAAUAAAAUGAUUCAAAUGUUUGAUAAAUACAAGCUGAGAGCAAAAUCUGGACUCGAAAAAUCGGAACUAUUUUAUCAUGUUGCUAAAAUGAGAGCAUCAUUUUCUUCCCUCUCUGUAAGUGCAGUAGUUUAAUUUCCUAGAAAAAGUUGCUAGUGCCUUGUUUAAGAUGAUCAUUUAUCAUUUCAUGUGGAUAUUAUUGCUCUAAUUAGAAGGAGAAGAUUGAUUGGAUUUACUUUAAAGAAAAUUAUUCUCCUAUGUCUCUUUGAACUCAGGAAUAGAAAAUGACCAAGAAGCACAUCAUCUUCAGAUGUGAUUUUUGCCCUCACUGGGGAUGUAGAACCAGAAUAGGUACAACAUAUGCUCAGAAGAGAGGUGACCUCAGUAUUAGCCUUCUAGAAACUAACAUCACUUUAAUUUUUACAUGUUCCAAAAAAACAUCAUAGUGUUUGUUCUGUAAUAAGAAUGUUAACGUGAUGCCUAUAGAAGUUAGAGGUUUUGUUUCUGUUUCUCUUCAGGCAAGUCCAUAGAUAGAGGAAAAUCAGACACAGGCUGGUGACAACUGGUAUAGAUACAGUGAGCAUGGAAUGAGAACCACCUACAAUAUUGCCUGAUUAUUUUUAAGUUCAUAUCAAAACUGCUUCACAAGUUCACAAAAGUUGUCACUCUUAAUUUGGGUUAAGAAAAGUAAUAGUAUUAUCUCUGCUGAAGUUAAUUGUUUUUCUCUUUUACCAUGACUGUUGGCCAAAAGCAAGCUGAACCUCUGCACUUUGAAACAAAGCACAGUAUGAAUCUUUAACCCAAGCACUUAGUUUCACCACUGAGAUUCUACAUCAUCUGCAAGAAAAUGCACAAACUUGGUCCAAUGUUGGAUUCUUCAAAAGUGCAUAGCAAAACUUUUGUGCUAUGCCGCUUGAUGUAACUUUUAAAGAUGUUAUCAAAUGUUAAAUGCCUCAUUCUGUGUUAAUUUGCUGUUGGCUGUUUUGUGAACACAAAAUAAACUUGAGAUUGUUUCUUUUUUUUUUUUUUUUUUUUUUGUGUGAAACUCCUCCAAAGCCAAUUUCAGCCCUUGGUAAGCUUGCAGACAGUUACUGAUCUUAAAUUUAAUUUUAAAAGACAAUGUAUCUUAAUUAUAAUUUAGCUUUUUAAAACAAUGAGAUAGCUUUAUAUUUCCCCUUUGUUUGAAUGAGAAAAUAGAUCUUGGGUUGCUAUGCUAGAACACUUGUGGAUUGCUGGGUCCUUUGUAAGGGGGCCAUGGGCACACCACACUUUCUUUCAAUCCUUACAUUUGAAGGAUUGAUAUUCUUCAAAACCUUCUUGUUAGAUGUGCGCAAUAGAAAUUUCUAAUGUUCAUGACUUUUAUCUUUCCUGUCCAUCAAUUCACUGGUUGUAAAUGCUUCCUGAGAGCUGUCUAGGUCUGUAUCCCAGAUUGUUGCUUAAUGACAUCUGACAGAUACAUUGUUUUCUGAAAUCAGCUUAAGACACCAAUUGUGGCAACUGGAAGCUCAUUACCUGCUGCAUUGGAUCAACUAUGGAAGUUGGAGCAGGGGUGGGCAGAGGUCACCUAACCAAUCAAUGGAAGUCAACUCACACCUGCUCCAAGCCUCAGCUUUGAGAAACAAACACGUUUAUAAGAAAAAAUAUAUAGCUAUUAUUACAGAAGUGAAUAUGUUGUGCUCUCUUACUGCUCUUGGUGCAUUGACAGUUUCUGUAUCUCAACCCUAUUCAUCUUUAUGAAAAAGCAUUCUGAAGAUCUAUCCUCAGCACUGCUGAGUGUGCAGUCACACUUUCCUAGCAACCCCCUUCUUACCAUCUCUAGCUGCCAUUUGUGGGGGGAACAAAACAAGGGAAUCCUGAUUGUGUACAGUGUAAAUUGUAUUAUAUUUUUUGUACUUAUGUUUUAUGUAAAUAGUUUGUCUCAUUCAAUUGUAUGUGAGCAUUGAAAUAAAUCCUACCAUUUAGGAGACAA